GCCGAGCAGCAGGUUGGUCUCUGGCCGGCGCCGACAACAACCAAAUCAGCAGCUACUUUCACAGCCGGUCAUGCCCCGGGUUUUAUCACUUGACCUGCACGCGGGGUCAACUGAAGUGCUGGCAGAUUGAUCAGUUUUGUUGCGGGCGAUUUGAGAGAUUUGUUUGUCAUGGACCAGGCCAAGUGACAUGGAAAACGGCUCGUUCUUUGUGACCAACUUUUCAACUGGAGGUGCGUGGGACAAUGGCAGCAGUGCAGGUGCUGACAAUGGCACGCGCGAUGGACACUUUCUGUCGCCCCAUGAGGUGCAGAUCAUCACCAUGGUGUCUACGGCCGUCGUUCUUGGCCUUGUCAUCCUUGCCACUAUUAUUGGCAACGUUUUCGUGAUAGCGGCCAUCCUGCUGGAGCGACACCUUCAGAACGUGGCCAACUACUUGAUUUUGUCAUUGGCGGUGGCCGACCUGCUGGUCGCUUGCCUGGUCAUGCCCUUGGGUGCCGUAUACGAGGUCUCGCAGCAGUGGACGCUCGGCCCUGAGCUCUGCGACAUGUGGACCUCGAGCGACGUGCUUUGCUGCACCGCGUCCAUCCUCCAUUUGGUCGCAAUUGCGGUUGACAGGUAUUGGGCUGUGACGGACAUCGACUACAUCCAUCACCGCAACCCUAGCCGCAUCGGCUGCAUGAUCCUGAUUGUGUGGACGAUGGCGUGCCUGGUGUCGGUGGCGCCGCUGCUGGGCUGGAAGGACCCCGGCUGGCAUGACCGGGUGACGCACGACAGCAUGUGCAUGGUGUCGCAGGACGUGAGUUACCAGAUCUUCGCGACCAUGUCGUCGUUCUACGUGCCGCUGCUGGUCAUCCUCAUCCUCUACUGGCGCAUCUUCCAGACGGCCCGAAAGCGAAUCCGGCGCCGAAACGUGGGCAUGAAAACGGCGGCGGCCGCGGCCGCCAUGAGCGCCGGCAUGGGCGCCGGCGUCAUGUGUCGGCCGCCGCCGACCGUGUCGGAGACGACGGCCUUCACGACGGUGUCGUCGACCAACACCAGUCCCGAAAAGACGUCGGCAACCAACGGUUUGGCGCCGGACCCACCCACCAUGGACGGGCUGAGCGGCGUUUCGCCGCAGCCGCACCACAACAACGCGAAACGCAAGGCCAAGGCGGCCGCGGCCGACUCGAAGCGGGAGCGAAAGGCGGCCAAGACGCUGGCCAUCAUCACCGGGGCCUUCGUGGUCUGCUGGCUGCCCUUCUUCAUCAUGGCGCUGCUGAUGCCGCUGUGUCCGCCCGAGUACUGCGAGUUCAACAAGUACAUGGUGUCCUUCUUCCUGUGGCUCGGCUACUUCAACUCCACCCUCAACCCCAUCAUCUACACCAUUUUCAGCCCCGAGUUCCGUCAGGCGUUCAAAAGACUGCUGUGCGGCAAACGUUAUCACCGCAGCCGCCACCACGUCAGAUACAUGCAAUGAUAGCGUGAGCAGAUGGGCGGUGAAAGUGCUGCUGGCAGCCGACCCGCCGCCGAAACUGAAUUUUAGCAGUUUUCUAACAAUGCACGUUUGUUGUGUCAACUGUAAACUUGAUAAGUAGUGUUGUGGAAAGAGUGGAAUGAGAAAGGAAAGCCGUCUUGCGAAAGAGGGUCAACCAUUUUUAAACGUUUUUACUAUAGGCUCAUGUCUACAAGCAGCAACUGGACUUCAAAUUAUUAAAUUAUUUUUAUAAAAAUUGAAAAUUUCAAAAUCAAAUCUUGUCUGGAUAAAAAUAGAUUCCAUUUCCCCUUAAUAAAAUAUCAAUGCGUAAAAUUGGUCAGGUAAAAUUGCUAAAUGUUUCAAAAAUUUAUAUGUUUAUAUUUUUUUUUAAUUAAUUUUUUUUGGUUGCAACAUACUCUGAUUUCCUGAUAUAAAUCAAAUUGAAACUCAAAUCACUCUCAAUAAUCAUUUAUUGCAACAAUUUGACAAUCAAAUGAUUUAAGAGUGCUCUGCAAGUGAACAUUUAUCAACAAAUAAGAUUUUUAAAUAUUUACAUUUAAAUAAAACAAUCUAAUUUUCUUUGAUAAUGUAUUAAAAUUACAAAUAAACUAUAUAAUAUUAUUAAUAUUAAAUAAAUUUUUAAAUUUGACAUUCAAUUAUUAGUAAAAUUUACUUUUACGUGGAAAGUUUUUGUCAAUUUAAUCAAAAGUUUAAAUAAAAAUUCAGUUAUUGUUCAGUUAUUUUCUAUAUAACCAUUCUUUCAUAAUAUUUAAAAAAAUGAAUAUUUAAUUAACAAAAUUUCAUAUAAAUCGUUACCUCUCUCUAUAUAAUUAGGUCCAGUUUAUGCAAAUCGAUGAGGACAUGAAGCAUUCCAAAUGCGAAAACUUGAUCCGCUUUCAAGAACAAAAGGCAGUUAAGCGCCCUCGCGGCUUCCCCAGGGCUUUUUGCGACUCUCUCGCUUCGAGAAAAUGUGUGUAGUUAUGUAAAUCAAGAACUUCUCCAGCACUCUCUGCAGCCCUCUCUGCAGCCCAUUGUAAACUCAUCAAUGUCGUCUAUCGCAGAGGAACACUCAGCCCUUCUCUCACGCCACGCGCAGGGCUGCUCUUCACCAUGUAUCAUUAAUUUCCCUUGCAUUUUUAUAUACUAGAGUAUAUUAUAUUUUUAUAAAAAAAAGUAUCAACUCAGCACCGACCUGAGAAUAACGACGUCGUUACGCCUGGCACUCUGUUUUCCACCCCCGCACACGAAUAUGCAAUUACGGCGACUUUUGAGAAAGAGUUUUUGGCCGAUCUGCAACGCUUUGUUUUGAGCCCCAAGGCAGUGCAGAUACGGGCAAAAAAUUAAUCACCGGUAUUAAUUAAUAAUGAAGAAGGCGAGAAAAAGAGAAACCAGUGUGUUAUAUUUUUAUCAGCUGGAGAUCUGGUGAUAUUAGUGAGAAUGGACUUCCCUGUGGAAAACCAAACUAGAUUUUAGGGAAAAAUAUACAUACAUAAAACCCUGACUGUUGCGUGUUGUACGUAUAAUAAAUAAAUGCAUCUAAUUCAAUGUUGAACUGAGCCUGAAUGCCAAAAAAAAAAACGCAUACAUACCGUGUAAUGUACAUAAUUCUAUAAUAUUAAAAAUAGCAAAUAUAAAGCAAAAUUUAUCUCAGGUGUUGAUCACAAAUGAUUGAAUAAAAUGUGUAUUUUAAAAUUCCAAAUUGCAGGCCAAUGAAAACUAAACUAUUAAAUUAUAUAUCAAUGUUGAAACGUGUCGCAAAGCAUUAUAAAUGAAGAUGGAGGCGGAAAUGAGAGCUGUCGUGUUUAAUAAAUGUCUCAUAAGAUU